CUGUUCUUCUCGAAUCUCUAUCGAAAUAUUCAUUUCCACCUCUUUACCGUCUCAAGCUUCCCUUUAACUACAACGACAAGCCCAAGGUUGACAAAUACUCGAGUAGCGAUGUCUUCCAAGCCUCAACAAGAAUUGGCGGUACCCACGCACUUGCCUGACCCGGUCCUUAUCAUCGUCAUGGGCCCUGCAUCAUGCGGUAAAUCCACCGUCGGCCAAGACGUCGCCGAUCAUUUCCACAUCCCUUUUAUCGACGGCGACUCUCUUCACCCCAAAUCAAACAUUGCCAAAAUGUCCUCCGGUACCCCUUUGACAGACGAGGACCGUCUCCCUUGGCUUGCACUCAUCCGUUCAACGGCGGAGAAGAUGUGUAAAGAGCAGUCGGACGAGAUUGCAGGGAAAACCAGGAGCGAGGAGGAUGGUGGGCUGGGCAGGGCGGGAGUGGUGAUUGCCUGCUCGGCUUUGAAGAAGUGGUAUAGGGAUAUAUUGCGAGGGGUUGUCAAGGCUGAUCCACCUCCUGCUGAGGAUCUUAAUGACGCACUUCCCGACGAUGCUCAAGUCCCAGCGACAGCAUCUCUCAAAACGUACUUUGUCUACUGCUACGGUACCCCCGAACUCCUCAAGCAACGUAUCGCCUCUCGAAAGGGCCACUUUUUCGGACAACAGAUGCUCGAUAGCCAACUUGCGGUAUUGGAAGAUCCGUCUGAGGAGGAGGGUGUGACUGUGGCGAACAUAGAUGGGACGAAGGAGGAAGUUGGGGAGCGGGCGGUUAAUGGGAUGAAGAAGCUACUUGGGAUAAAUUAGGGGAGUAGCCUGAGAGAUGUCACUAUCGGUUUUAGUUUUUCUAUUGGCAUUAUUCAAUUCAGUCAGCUACAACAGUCAAGAAGCAGGAAGGAGGCGAAGAACAGUGCUUGGGGCCGUUUUCGAACGGAUGUCGGAAAAUACUCAUCGCCUAGCUGGUGAUUUCAUAAACUCAUAUCUUCUACACUGUGCGGUGUUGGCCGCCCUUGUGUAUAUCGGCGUGUGCGCUGUGCACAAGCUAUCGAAAGCAGGUGGGAGAUAGUGCUGAGCUGGUCGUGUGCUCGACAUCAUCAUCGCACUUGUUACAUGCUAUACUGUGACGGUACCUUUCGAACGACUCCGCAUCACGUAAGCCGGGGUGUCAUUUUAUACUCGGUGGCCACCGUAAACAUAAAUAGAAAGGAGGCACAGCCUGAGCGCGUCGCGUCUGGUCUUUUUGUUUGUCCCUGAGAUAGCAGUCAGUCGAGGACAUGAGAAUAAUGGAAGGUGUGUGAAGGGGCAGCUGGUCGUGUGGAGUAUGGAGGUUGUAUAGCUUCUUCAGACGGGUCAGUAGGGAGAGAGCAUAUAUGUUCCACCAACGCUCAACAGUCUUAAAGCUUUAUAAGAGCCCAAGGCAGCAGCAGUAUAAUAAGGAAUCAUUGCGGAAACACAAAAUAAAUCUGCGGCGCGCAGCUCAUUGCAACGUUCGUUUUUCUUCG